GAACUAAGAAUGGACACUAAGUCUAUUUUUAAAAUGUGUUCCUCUAAUGAAGUGCAACGUCUUUGUUCUAGACGUUUCAGUUCUGACAUAUGCUUAUUACGUGGUACAGUUUAGAAAGAAGACACGAGGGCUGUGCUGCAAUGGCCUGUAUGUCGCAGCUAAGAGCUGAUCUUAAGAAGUUCUUGGACACAGGCCUUUGCUAUACAGCACAAACCCCCGUGAUGUCACACCCGUGGGUAUAUAGUCUCAUAUAGCACAGCUAUCACCCAAUUAGCCUUCAGGGCUGAAGUACACACGGUCUUCCCAGAGGUUAAUCAUUUAGAUACUGUAAAAGGGGAAGCCAGCUCUACUGCAGAUUCUUCCCCAUUUCAGAUUCCGAUUCUCAGAUGUUACACCAACAUCCUGAUACACCCGUCUAGUAUGCAUGCAGUGUCUCACUGUAAAGACAGAUCACAACUUCACCAGCUUAAUCUACUUCUCCGCCAGAGAUGCAGCAAUGGCUUUGAGAACAGCAUGGUGUGGGUAUUUUCUCAUUCUGUUGACGGUGACAUGUGCUCUGGGGCAAAACAACAUGAGGCAUGUCUGUGCUCUCAGGGGGUCAUCAGUGGAUCUGCCCUGUCCUUUUACUUAUCCAGACCAAGUUACAGAAAACCUCUGGUAUAGUCAGUGGGGGAAAGAUGGGCCUACUGACUUGAAAGUGGACCAGCGAUAUGCUGGUCGGGUGGAGUAUCGUGGGACCACGGCGGUGGACUGCGUCCUGAAGAUCACAGACCUGAGGGAGAGUGACAAAGGAGAAUAUUUCUUCAGAUAUAAAACGGACAACUCUGACUGGACAAAUGGAACAGAGGGAGUCGCUCUUUCAAUCGCAGACCUGUGGGUGGAGGGAAAUUUGUCUUCACGGCGACUGACCUGUAGUACCACCUGCACUCUGGGUAACCAGUCCUACUACAUCUGGUAUGUGGAUGGACGACAUGAACAGGAGGACACUUCCCCAUACCUUGAAAAACUAAACCCCAUUUUUUGGAUGCGUCUUAAAUCAGUCUCCUGUUCUGUGAAAGGCCAUGAAGAUCUCCACUCUUCUGCAGUGUGUGACCGUCGUGACUGUUGGAGUGUGACUUACACCAAGAGGCGAGUCUGUGCCCUGAAAGGCUCCACUGUGGCCAUGUCCUGUACUUACAGAUCCUGGCGUGGUUAUAGACCCUGGCGUGGUUAUAGAGGAUCAGGCUCAUUUUGGUUUACAAAUCGGAUGUCUGAAGAUUUGAGGUUGGAUAACGACUACGCUGGUCGUGUGGAAUACCAUGGGAACAACUGGAGUGAUUCCACCUUGGUAAUCAAGGACCUGAGAAAGAGUGACUCGGCUGAAUAUCGGUUCGUAGAAAAAAAUAUAUAUAUUCGGGAACAUGUCAUUCCUGGUGUGAUCCUGACUGUCACAGACCUCCAAUUACAGAUGGAUCCUGCUUCUGUGUCCGAGGAGGAGAAAGCUGUUCUGAGGUGUCAUACCGCUUGUAGCCUGGAUAUCAAUACAACCUUUAUUUGGUAUAAGAACGGACAGCUUAUACCAAACACUGAUGUCAACUCCACCAGCCUGUACCUAGACCCGGUCAGCAGUGAGGAUGCUGGCAGAUAUUCCUGUGCUGUUAAGGGCCACCAGAAUCUCCGCUCUACAGAAGGGACUCUCGCUGUCAGAUAUGGGCCAAAAAACACCUUGGUGUCAGUGAGUUCUUCUGGUGGAUUAGUGGUGGGCAGCUCAGUGACUCUGACCUGCAGCAGUGAUGCCAACCCCCCAGUGGACAUUUAUACUUGGUAUUUCAAUGAUAGGAUUUUGCAAAGUGGAUUCAGUAACAGUUACCACGUUGCCAACUUCAGCUUUGAGAACAGUGGACGAUACCUGUGUGAGGCCAUAAACCAGAGAGGAUCCACGAACUCUAGCAUUCAGGUUACUGUAAGCGCUGUCCAGGCUUCGGCUCUUGCCUGGACUUGGGUGGGGCUGGCGGUCCUGGCCGCUGGAGCUUCCCUACUCGUCAUCUGCUGCAUCCUGAAGCGGAGAGCCGCAGGAGGCCGCGAUGCGGUCACCUUCACCCACAGGGUCCUCCCAGACAAUGACACGUACGCCGGGCUGAGCAUGGAGUCCAGGGACCCAGCGUAUGACACACUGGUGACCAGCACACACACAGUUCCUGGGGAAAACGUUCCAGCCUCAGUGUAUGAGAACGUACAAAAAAUCCCAACAUAAUAUGGACUGUAGAGAACCACCAAACAAUCUUGAUUGAGAACCACCACAGAACUUUCAUGAAGAGAACCGUGACAGAAUGAACCUUGACAAAGAUAACUACCACUGAAUAUUGAUUAAGAGAACCACCACACAACUUUGAUGAACCAGACUACUACCUCAGAACCAUGAUAAAGAGAACCGCCACAAAUCCUUGAUGAAGAGAACCACCACAGAACCUGGACUAAAUGGAAUCCCCUAAAAACAAUGAUGGAGAACCACCAGAGAACCUUGAUUGAAAAGAACCACUGCCAGAACCUGGGUGAAGGGACCAUCACAGAACCCUAACUGAAUGGCCUUGCGAUUAUAAUGAUCUGCAUGGGAAUGCAAAUCGAAAAACUACGUAUUUUCUGACACUGCCAUAUGGGGUUGGGAUAUUACAGCAACAAAGAAGUUAACCUGUAGUGAAAAUAUUACAACCCUGUUUCCAGAAAUAUUGAGACACUGUAUAAAAUGCUAAUAAAAACAGAAUGCA